AUGAAGAUAUACAAUGAAGAUGGUAUUGCUAUUGAUGCAGAAAAUGACAAACAAAAAUAUGAAUUAUUCAUGGCUAACGAUAAUCAGGUAGCGUUGGGCUGUAACAUUCCUUUGGCAUAUGCCGAGUAUAUUUAUGAUAUUGAUGAUAUUAAUGUCGUGCCGAGUGACUUUUUGGAGGCGUUCGCUCACAUGUUGGCUGCUAAUAUAGCAAUACCAUUAACAGGAAGUCAGGAAUUGAAAAACAUGGAAUAUCAACUUGCCACCGUGGCUUUGCAAGAUGCGAGAUAUCACUCUGCAAUGGAACGGGAAAUAUCGCCGGAAGUGGCUAAUCAAGUGACUCUUGAUAAAUAUCAAUAUGCAUUACUUAAAGCAGAAAACGCAGUUAUUCGUCCGGCUGGUCCAGUAUAUAAGAGGCCAGGUACAGAAUACAUAGAUACAAUAGACCCAGACGGUUUGGGCGACUUCAUUUCUAUGGUAGAAUACAGAAUAACAAACGAAGACCUGUUGCGUGAUGGUGGUAGAGAUUAUAGUAUCUUGGUGAUUAUUGGCACCAAUAACAUAUAUGCUUAUAAAAAAGGACGCUAUAUCGCUCAUUGUGCAUCACCAUUCAGUAAUCGUUCGGCUAAUCUCUAUAAUAAAUUAAGAUUUUCACAGAGCGGCGAAUUGCUAUUUAUUGCAAGCGGAUAUUAUCCAUUAAAAGUUUUGAGAAUAUAUAUGGCUCCUCAAGCAGUACAGCCGACUAUGACUUGUACUAAUUACAACAUAACAUCGCCAUAUUUCUCUGAUGAAGGUAUUAAUGUUAGUGACAAUUUCAAGAUGCAUGUUUCAGCAACAACAGGGAAUAGUGUUAAUUUAGUAGCAAACGAAGACAUAUUCAUUAGUUCUCCAGAGGAAGACACAAUGGUUGGAGCAAAAUUUCGUCUGACACAUAUGGUUGAUAGUGUAAGCGUCAGCAAGACAUUCAAUAGUACCAGUACAAGCGGCAAUGUUACCGUUGGCAGUAGUUGGAAGAUAAUAACAAGUGGCACUUGGGAUGGUGUCAUGAAAAUACAGGCAUCUUAUGACAAUGGUACUUCUUGGCAUGACUACAGGCAAUACAACAGCAAAUCAAAUUUCAAUGUAACAGAAAGUGGUACGGUCACCGAAGAAACGUUGUUGAGAAUGUCAUACACACAUACUUCCGGAAGUUGCACGGCGGUAUUAACGGCAUUGCCUUAUGAACAUGCAGGAAUUAUCCAAAUCACGAGUAUAACAAACGCACGUAAUGCAAUAGGUAAUGUGAUUAAAUCUUUUGCAUAUACAACAGAUACACAUAUUGUUGCAAUGGAUAUGUUCACAAAUAACUAUUCUGGAUAUCCGGGUACCGUUUCUUUCUUUCAAGAUAGAUUGUGUUUUGGCGGAACAAAGAGAUUUCCCUAUAUGAUAUGGAUGAGCAAAAGCGGGGAUUAUCCAAAUUUUAGCGUGGAAAAAGCGGGCGGAACAUUGACAGAUGAUAGUGCUAUCGCAAUAUCUUUAAUAUCAAGACAACAAUUCAAUAUUAAGUUUUUGUCGGUGGCAACAGAUAUGUUUAUAUUCACUAACGGCAACGAAUGGGUAAUAGAUGGAAGCACAACCGUCACUCCCACGAAGAUACAAACUAAAUUACAAACAUCACGAGGGAGCUAUGAUGCAGAGCCAUUACUAAUAGGCAACAAACACAUAUUUGUCGAGGCAUUAGGUAAUAAUGUUAGAGAGGUUGGUUAUGACUUUAAUAGUGAUAGUUACACCGGGGACAAUUUAAACAUAUUGGCUUCUCACAUUACAGCAGAAGACAAAUUGAACAUGAUGUCUUACAAAAAUGAACCUGAUAGUAUCAUCUUUUUUAAGCCGUCUAAUAGUAAUUCUUUGAAUAGCAAAACUUACGGUAAAUUGAUGUGUUUAACCUAUAUUCCAGAGCAGAAGGUCUACGCAUGGAGCACUAUGCAAACAAACGGCGGAAUAAUGGGUAUUUGCUCUUGUCGAGAUGUCAAAGACGACCCCAAUAGAACAGCAGAUUAUAUAUAUAUGUUAACUGAACGGAACGGCAUCAUAUAUUUAGAGCGAUUUGCCAAUAAUGACAAUACAAGCACUAAUCCUAAUGAUUACUGCAUGUUAGAUUGUUCUAAAAAGUUUAAUUACUCAACACCACAAACUACUUUUCAAAUAUCGCAUUUACCUAACACAAUAGUUACGGUAUUAGGUGAUGGACGUGCUUAUCCAAAUUUAACAACAGAUGCCGCAGGUAAUGUUACAAUCCCGGGUGCCGGAGUCAAGGUUGCUCGCAUUGGUUUGGCAUAUACACUUAAUUUGGAACUGCCAAACAUAGAGAACCGAACAAGUGAUGGCACAAUGCAAGGAAGAGAGAAGCACAUAUCUAACUGCAUAUUACGAUUAAGCAACACUCUUGGAGGUUAUGUUGGGCGUGAUUUUAAUGUUCAGGACGAGAUUAAAUAUGACGAAAUAUUAAGUGUAGAUAAUAUUAAAUUAUUUACCGGUGACAAAAGAAUAUCGUUGCCAAUGGGUGGGUUUGAUAUUGAAGGGCGUAUUACAAUAACGAGCAGUUCCCCUUAUCCUUUUAAUUUAUUAAUGGCAGUAAGAGUGGUGACUUUUGGUGGAUAA